AUGCCGGGAGCUCGCCGCUGCCUUGAGAAUGUCAGUGGUUUACUGUGGUCAGAGUGCGUAUCCUGAAAGAGGAAACCCAAAUCGAGACUUGGCCAGAAAUACUUUCCAGAAUGUGACGUGCUCGAUAUACGAUAAUGCGAGGAGCCGGGCCGCCAGGUUCCUCGAUAGCGAGCCGCGUCGCGGGGAGCGCGAGGUUUGUCGGGAGGCCCGACAAACCGGCCGGAAGUGCUACACCAGCGGCGCAGGGCUCUCUGGGAAGUGUGGUCCUUUGGCUCUGCCCGGGCGGUGGCCGUGAGUCCUGCAACCUGGCGGCCUAUCCAGCCUGAACCAGGGAUGGCUGGCUCCGGAGGCCCCAUUGGGUCCGGGGCCUUGACAGGAGGGGUACGCUCCAAGGUGGCUCCGAGCGUGGACUUUGACCACAGCUGCUCAGACAGUGUCGAGUACCUGACGCUCAACUUUGGACCCUUCGAAACCGUGCAUCGCUGGCGGCGCCUCCCACCCUGCGACGAAUUCGUGGGCGCCCGGCGCAGCAAGCACACAGUCGUGGCAUAUAAGGAUGCCAUCUAUGUGUUUGGUGGAGACAACGGAAAGACGAUGCUCAAUGAUCUCCUGCGUUUCGAUGUGAAGGAUUGCUCCUGGUGCAGAGCCUUCACCACCGGCACCCCUCCAGCCCCCCGUUACCACCACUCUGCUGUGGUCUAUGGGAGCAGCAUGUUCGUCUUUGGGGGCUAUACUGGAGAUAUUUAUUCCAAUUCUAACUUGAAGAAUAAAAAUGACCUCUUUGAAUACAAAUUUGCAACUGGCCAGUGGACGGAGUGGAAGAUUGAAGGGAGGUUGCCUGUUGCCAGGUCAGCCCAUGGGGCUACAGUGUACAGUGAUAAGCUCUGGAUCUUUGCUGGUUAUGAUGGCAAUGCCAGGUUGAACGACAUGUGGACAAUUGGCCUCCAAGACAGAGAGCUCACAUGCUGGGAGGAGUUUAGGAUAGUGUAGCCUCAGGCCUUGGAGGCCCUGGCUGAGCUGUGCCCAUACCCCAGGUGGCCCAGAGUGGUGAGAUCCCUCCGUCCUGCUGCAACUUCCCUGUGGCUGUGUGCCGGGAUAAGAUGUUCGUGUUCUCAGGACAGAGUGGAGCCAAGAUAACUAACAACCUCUUCCAGUUUGAAUUCAAAGACAAGACGUGGACACGCAUCCCUACUGAGCACCUGCUUCGGGGCUCCCCACCCCCGCCACAGCGGCGCUACGGACACACCAUGGUGGCCUUUGACCGCCAUCUCUAUGUGUUUGGGGGUGCAGCGGACAAUACACUGCCCAAUGAGUUGCACUGCUAUGAUGUGGACUUCCAGACCUGGGAGGUUGUCCAGCCCAGCUCUGACAGUGAGGUUGGUGGGGCCGAGAUGCCUGAGAGAGCUUCCUCUUCUGAGGAUGCGUCUACUCUAACCUCUGAAGAGCGGAGCAGCUUUAAGAAGUCCAGAGAUGUGUUUGGCUUAGACUUUGGCACCACUUCAGCCAAGCAGCCUGUCCAUCUGGCAUCAGAGCUGCCCAGCGGGAGGCUCUUCCAUGCUGCUGCUGUCAUCUCUGAUGCCAUGUACAUCUUUGGGGGCACUGUAGACAACAACAUUCGCAGUGGGGAAAUGUACAGGUUCCAGUUCUCUUGCUACCCUAAGUGCACACUGCAUGAAGAUUAUGGACGCCUAUGGGAGGGCCGCCAGUUCUGUGAUGUGGAGUUUGUGCUUGGUGAGAAGGAAGAGUGUGUGCAAGGACAUGUUGCCAUCGUCACUGCAAGGAGCCGGUGGCUUCGUAGGAAGAUCGUACAGGCUCAAGAGUGGCUGGCCCAGAAGCUAGAGGAAGAUGGGGCCCUAGCUCCCAAGGAGGCCCCUGGCCCAGCUGUGGGCAGGGCACGGCCACCCCUGUUACGUGUGGCCAUCCGUGAGGCUGAGGCCCGACCAUUUGAGGUGCUCAUGCAGUUUCUCUACACAGACAAGAUCAAGUACCCACGGAAAGGCCAUGUAGAAGAUGUGCUGCUCAUCAUGGAUGUGUACAAGUUGGCGCUGAGCUUCCAGCUGUGUCGCCUUGAGCAGCUGUGUCGGCAGUACAUCGAGGCCUCUGUGGAUCUGCAGAAUGUUCUGGUUGUGUGUGAGAGUGCUGCCAGGCUACAGCUGGGCCAGCUCAAGGAGCAUUGCCUGAACUUCAUAGUGAAGGAAUCCCACUUCAAUCAGGUGAUCAUGAUGAAGGAGUUUGAGCGCCUCUCAUCCCCACUGAUUGUAGAGAUAGUUCGACGGAAGCAGCAGCCACCUCCUCGCACAUCCUCCGAUCAGCCUGUGGACAUUGGCACAUCUCUGAUCCAAGACAUGAAGGCUUACCUGGAGGGAGCAGGCUCGGAGUUCUGUGACAUCACACUACUGCUAGAUGGUCACCCACGGCCAGCCCACAAAGCCAUCCUAGCUGCCCGUUCUAGCUACUUUGAGGCCAUGUUUCGGUCGUUCAUGCCAGAGGAUGGGCAGGUGAACAUCUCCAUUGGGGAGAUGGUUCCCAGCAGACAGGCCUUUGAGUCUAUGCUACGCUACAUCUACUAUGGCGAGGUCAACAUGCCCCCUGAGGACUCACUCUACCUGUUUGCAGCCCCGUACUAUUACGGCUUCUACAAUAACCGACUGCAGGCUUACUGCAAGCAAAACCUAGAGAUGAAUGUCACAGUUCAGAAUGUGCUGCAGAUUCUGGAGGCGGCUGACAAGACGCAGGCACUGGACAUGAAGCGGCACUGUUUGCACAUCAUUGUACACCAAUUCACCAAGGUCUCUAAGCUGCCCACGCUGCGGUUGCUGAGCCAGCAGCUGCUGCUGGACAUCAUAGACUCCUUGGCCUCCCACAUCUCUGACAAGCAGUGUGCAGAGCUGGGUGCUGACAUCUGAGGAUCUCUGUUUGGAGAGUGAAGACACCCAACCAAUUGGCCACAUCUCCACCUGCAGAGUGAUCACACCUGUGGGGUCAAGGGUUCUCAGCUUCUACGGGGGGCUGAGGUGUACAGGGACCCCUAAAGCCUGCACUUCAUUGAGGACACAGGCCCCACAGGGAAUAGCAAAUAAAGCAAACUCCUUUCCAGCUGGCACCUCUCUGUCAGGAAGGAGCCAUUUUGCUUGCUUCUGUGAAAGCCUGCCUAUCAGGCGGAGUCAAGUCAGGCCAGGGUCUGCUGGCAGAUUUUCUAGCCUGCUGACUCAUGAAACGGUAAGAGGGGAUACACUUGAAGCUCAAGGUGAGGGGCUGAAUGUUCAGUUAAUCUUGGAGUAAGGGACAAGGAGGCCUCCAGAUAGGUACAGAUAUCCAAUGUAUGUCAGCCAUUGUCUCUGCUGGCUUGUGACUUUGUUUCCCGAGAUACUGUAAAGUAUAUAAAGCCUAUGAGAGUUAUUAUUAAACUCAGAGCUGCAGCAGUACUAACUGAACAGCCCUCUCAAUUUCUAA